UUAUUACCAUCCAUCAUCAAGUCGAAUGUUUUGGGUGGAAACCGAUGAAAACCGCAACACCCUUCCCUCUCCUCUCCCACAUAAAACCCACAAGCCCCUUCUUCCCAUUGGGUACCGCAGAGGCAUGGCCAAGAAGAGAAAAUCCAUAUCCACAAGCCUCGACGAGGUGGAUCGAACCAUCUACUCUUCCUUCUCCAGUGCCACCAAUUCCCUCUCUCACCUCUACACUCUCUCCAUGAACCACCAGAAACUCUCCUUCCAAGCCGGUGAACGCCACUCCCUUGAAAAACUCUAUCAGUGGGUCUGGAGGCAACAAGAGAGUGGAUCAAGAGUUGCAACUGUUGAUAUACUCAGCUACAUUCAGCAGAAUGAGCUGGAUUACUGUGGAGAGGAGCCAUGCAUGUCCCCUAGAGCUCCACUGCAUCAACAACAGUCACAACCGGUAAUGCAAGUCACUACUGGUGCAGGUUUUCCAGUAACUACAGGAUUUUCUGGCCAAACUAUUGUGGGGCAGGAGCUCAGACCUGAGCACUGUGAUAAUCAAUCAAAGAAUUCUAUGUUUUCAAAUGCUUUGUCAAACCCUGUUCGUCAAAUUGGUGAGGGAGGGAACCACCCAAGUGGUCUUUCCAUGGGGAAUGGAAACCAGAGCACCGACUCUGCUGCUUUCAGUUCCAAUGAUUCUGCCAUGGACAUGCAUGCAGACUAGUCCUGUCCAAGGUUUUAUCUACUUAAUAUUUGUUUGAUCACCCCUCUACAUUACCUGCAAAAGAAGUGAAUAACCAAUGGAAGGGCAUAUCUGGUUUUGCUCGUUGCAUCCUACAACAAAUAGAGCAGUGUGGAACCAGUUUUAUUAUCUUAUUAAAUUAGUUAAAAUGCGUAUGUCAUCCAAGUGAUCGCUUGGAUGUUAAAUGUUCUUUGUAAAGUUUUUUCAAAUAGUUUAAAGGCAUUUAAAUUUGUACCUUGAUUGUCUCCUCACUCCUCUUUCUCAAAGACAACCUUUUCAAUGUAGGGAUUGCUUCUAUCUGAAGUUUCCUCAUGUAAAUCUGUCCUUUUCGCAAAAUUCUAUAUGCAGCAAUUUACAACUUCAGGCAUCUUUUGUAUA